AUGCAGACAACAUGCCUGAUCACCGGACCGGGAUGGGCUCAAGCAGGAAUCUAUCUUACCCUCUAUAUUGUGAUCAAGCAAAUUGGUCGCCAUGUCUCGCCCUUUCCCCCCAAGACAUACCUAGCCAUCUGCUUUUGUAUCGACGUGACUUGCUUGACUACCCAGGCUGUCGGCGGAGGGUUAGCAGGCGCGGCCUACAACAACAACACAUCUACACAGCCAGGAACAACCACGAUGGUAGUCGGCAUUAUCACUCAGCUAGCAGCCGCUGUUCUUUUCUCUCUCCUUGUCGGGUUCGUCAUGUAUAGAGGCGCCAAGGAGCUCCGUGAAAACCACCCUCUCUUCUUUAUGACCAGCGCAACUGCUUUCGCUACUAUGAUGAUGAUCAUGCGGAAUGUUUAUCGAGCCAUUGAGCUGACCGAGGGCUGGAGGGGGUAUCUCAUCACACAUGAGAAAUAUGUUCUUGCGCUGGAUGCGCUCCCGAUGGUCUUGGCGAUGGGUAUAUAUGUUAUUUUUAACCCUGGGGCGCAAUUUGAGACUCGGGGUAUGACGGAGCGGCAGGAGGUUGGGGAGCAUGAUCUAGCUAGGAAGAACCCGGUCCAGAGGUACUUAAAUUUUUGA